AUGGAUUGUGUGAAAUCUGGAGGGAAUAAAUUCCUAAUGGAGGAUCUUGUCAUAGAAGCUUAUCACCGCCAUGCUGCCAUCAAGAUGCCAUUUGGGUUCGAAAAUAUCGAUCAUGUCAUUCCCUUUAAAUACUCUUCUGGUUAUGGCGUCAUAUCAAUUCAAAACAAGAAUGCAAAACAAUCAACCUAUAAAUCGGCAGACAAUUUCCUAUUAAUAAAUCCAGUAAGUGUUUUUGGUAAAUCGCACGAAGAUUAUAAGAUUCUAGGUAUCUAUACCGAUUUUCAAAAGGGAGAAACCCCAGAAAAAGCAACAUCAGAACUGAUAAGCGUAGAUUUUAUAUAUACACGAUCAAAAUUUCCUGGAGAAGAAGCAAAAAUUAUGUAUAUUCGAGGCGUUGAAGCGUUUGAAUUUGAUGAUGAAAUUAAUGAACGACUAUCUAAAGUACUUUAUGCACGCCCUUGGCCAUUAGAUAGAUAUUGGAGCACCUUUGGUGAGAAUGAAUUGGAUGGGGAAAAUGCAAUAAGAUCUUUUUUACCUAUUAUAUUUGAACAGGAAGAGGGUCAGUCUUUGAUUGAUAAAUGGGAGAUGUGCCAUGAUUAG